GCGGGAAGGCCCACGUGCCCGCUGGCUUCCCGGGCCGGAGAUCUCCGACCCCACGCGUGUCCCCUUCCCACCCGGCACGCAGCUGCCCUUCCCAUCUUCUCCACCGGUGACCGUCAGCGGUGUCCUGAGACUGGAAAAGGACCCCAGGAGCUCACAGGGCUGCCCUGCCAGAGUGGGAGUGAGCCUGCUGGCUCUGCCGGCAGCCAAGGCCUGGCCGGGGUGGCCCAUGGACCUGCCAGACGAACCAGUUGGUGGCCCCACUGCACAAAGGUGCCUGUGGGAGCAGCCUGAGGAGGUGAACCUGGGGCCGCUGCUCAGCUUAGAGGAGCAAGUACUCAACUCCACAUUUGAAGCAUGCGACCCCCAGAGGACAGGCACUGUGGCUGUGAGCCAUGUGCUGGCCUACCUGGAGGCUGUGACAGGCCAGGGUCCCCAGGACGAGCGCCUGCAAACAUUAGCCCGAAGCCUGGACCCCAGUGGGCAGGGCUCGGAAGCCACUGUGGACCUGAAUACCUUCCUGGUCGUCAUGCGGGACUGGAUCGCUGUCUGUCAGCUGCACGGGGGAUUAGAGCUGGAAGAGGAGCCCGCCUCGCGGGGAGCCCCGGCCUCCCAGCCGCUGCCAUCUGGGUACCCAGAAGCUGAGGAGUCAGCCAACCUGGAGAGCUUCGGAGGCGAAGACCCCCGAGCCGAGCUGCCCGCCACAGCCGACCUGCUGAGCAGCCUGGAAGACCUGGAACUGAGCCACCGGCGCCUGGCCGGGGAGAAUGCCCAGCUGCAGCGCAGCGUGGAGACUGCCGAGGAGGGCUCGGCGCGCCUGGGCGAGGAGAUCCUGGCACUGCGCAGGCAGCUCCGCAGUACCCAGCAGGCUUUGCAGUGUGCCAAGGCCAUGGGUGAAGAGCUUGAGGAUCUGAAGACCUUGGCCAAGAGCUUGGAGGAGCAGAACCGCCAGCUUCUGGCCCAGGCCCGGCACACGGAGAAGGAGCAGCAGCACCUGGCGGCCGAGGUAGAGACCCUGCAGGAGGAGAACGGGAAGCUGCUGGCCGAACGGGAUGGAGUGAAGAGGAGGAGUGAGGAACUGGCCACAGAAAAGGAUGCCUUGAAGCGGCAGCUCUGCGAGUGUGAACGUCUCAUCUGCCAGCGAGACGCUAUCCUCUCUGAGCGCACAAGCCACGCGGAGAGCCUGGCCAAGACCCUGGAGGAGUACCGGAUGACGACCCAGGAACUGAGGCUGGAGAUCUCACAGCUGGAGGAGCAGCUGAGUCAGACCCACCAGGGGCCAGGCCAGCUGCUCACAGUGGCCCAGGUGGGAAGAACGGACUGGACUGUGUCAGCGCCUCCGUCGCUGGGCCUGGAGAUCGAGGCUAUUCAGCAGAAACAGGAAGCAACUGCUGACCUCUCAAGCCCACUGUGUGGAGUGUGGCAGUGGGCGGAGGUGAUGAAUGAGGUGGAGGAGGACACGGAGUUUCCACCUGAAGCCCUGACUGGGGACCUGAGAGACAGCCCUGAGCAGCUGGCAUGCUCUGGAGAAGACAGGCUGGAGCCAUCCAUGCGGUUGCCCAGAAGAGAAGAGGAAGAGGAGGCGGUGGAGGGCCAGGUCACGACUGAAGCUGCCAUCCCUCAGGGAGACCCUCAGCCGGGAUGUGUCCCAGGAAGCCCUCCCAAGAGCGCCACUGGGCUGGGACUGCAGCAGGCCCUGGUGCCUGUGACCAAAGAGCCAGGACCCGACAGGAGGCGGCCCUGGGGCCAGGUCAGCCUGCGCCCUCAACAGCUCAGGAUUCCUCUGUCCCCGCUGCUCCCAGUCCCGGUCCUGGGGCUGCUGUUGCUGCUGCUGCUCUCUGUGGCGCUGCUGCUGGGCCAGGCACCGCCCCCAACAUGGCCCCACCUCCAGCUCUGCUACCUCCAGCCCCCACCGGUGUGAGGACCCCUCCUCCUGGUCCAGGAAACCCUGGGCCUCUUCUGUUACUGACUGCUGCUCCCCUGGUCAUGUGUUGUUAGUUGGGCUCAACCCAAAUACAGCCCCUAUGUUGAGUUUG